GUUGUAGUUCAAACAGAUAACAACCAAAAAACAAACACGAAAGCAACAUGUAUUUUGCUCAAACCGUUGUAGUUUUGGCCCUUGCCGCUUUGGCUUCCGCCCAACAUGGCCACCAAGCCACUUCCUACGCUUCCAUCAGCAGUUAUGACAACCACAACACCCAUGAUUACCAUCAAGCCGCCCCUGUUGCCAGUUACCAUCAUGCUCCAAUUGUGCACGCCACUCCAAUCGCUUACAAAGCAGCCCCAGUUCUCCUGAAAUCUGUCCACCAUGAAGAGGAACACUACGCCCCAGCUAAAUACCAAUUCAAAUAUGGCGUCCAUGAUACCCACACUCAUGACAUCAAGGAACAGGAAGAAUCUCGUGAGGGUGAUGUUGUCAAGGGACACUACUCCCUUCUUCAACCUGAUGGCCGUACUCGCAUUGUCCACUACACCGCUGACAAGCACAACGGUUUCCAGGCUCAUGUUGAGUAUUCCGGACAUGCUGGACAUCCAGAGGUGCAACACAAAGCUGUUGUUGCUGCUCCACCUUACUAUCAUUAAGUAAUGAAUUGUUGAGGUGUUAAUGUAUGGAAAGAUAUAUUUUUGUAUGAAAUAAAAAUUAUUUUGGACUAUA